GAGCUGAUCCUCUUUCUGCUAAGAAGGUGAUGUCAGAGAAGUUUGGUGCAUUCCCAGUGGUAGUGUCUUUGCCUUAUUUACACGUGGAUUACUAACCAUUUAUAGGCUGAAGCAUUUUAACAUCGGAAUUACCACAAGGUAUGGCCUUCCUCAUCACUUAAGAUACCACCAACUCAAAUUUGAAGAUGCCUUGUGUGGUCCUCACAGCUUGCAGCUUACAGCUUUCAUAGCGAGUGUAGCAACACUUGCUCCUUCACAGCGGUGGAUAUCUACCCUACAUCUACAGAAUAUGCUGGACGGCUGGUUCCUUUGCAUAGUGGUGUGUAUUCUGCCGAGAAAGGAAGUACCCUUUACAAGCUGAGAAGUGAAAGACAUCAACUUCAACCAUGGCCUUUAUAAAAGAGGCUAAAAGAAUGGGAAGGAACAAGAUCUACCAGUGUUUCUGAGUUCCAGAGGGCCAGUUAAAGAUUUUUACAGAAGGAACAGGGAUGAGAAAAGGUUAAAGACAAAAGGGCUUCCCUUGAAAACCCCUUUUUGAAAUUUGAAUCCAGCAGUUGCAGAGGUUGCCAUAACUUGAACCAGUUCUGAAGCAGAGGACAAUUAUGAGAGCCCCAUUUUUUUUCCUUUUUUUUUUUUAAAAAUAAAAUAAAAUGUAUUUCUUGGAACAUUCACAUUUCAUUGUUCCCCACUAGUUCGGGUAAAUCCUAACCCUGUGAUUCCUACCAUCAGAUAAAAAGAACAGCAAAUAGACGUUGGAGACCUGACGCAUACCUCUUGAGGGGGCGACAAGUGUACGGAUGAACAUGGGAGUAAAAGCAGCCAUGGAAAAUGAAGACAAAACCAUAGAAGAUUCAGCGACAAGGGUGUUUCCUUGCUUAUUCUGCUCAAGAAAGUUUCACAGCUCGCAAGCACUAGGAGGUCACCAGAAUGCCCACAAGAAGGAGAGGACAGCCGCAAGAAAGGCCAAGAGAGCUUCUGAAUACACUCUAAACAGCUUCUCAGCCACCCCACCACCACCACUCGUGUUUGCUCCAAGCCACCACUUGGGCAUCUUCAAUCCUUCAAUGUACAUAACCGCCCAUGCAGCGACCUUUGCUAACCAUUUCCCCACCCCCCAAUUCUCAGAAAGGUUCGGAGCCAGUGGUGCACCAAGGCUGGAGAAUGUAGUAUUUUACGGAGGAGGGAGUUGUUCGGGUAAUGUGUAUCAGCAUCAGUUGGGAGAUGAUGAACAAAGCUUGGUGAAUUGGCAGAGGAGUGCUCUGAGAAGCAAUGCCAUGAAUGGAGGAUCAUCACAGCAUAUUAAGAACCAAAAGCUUGGAGGUGAUGUUGAGAGGGAUAAAGAUAAAAAACUGGACUUGUCUCUCCAUUUAUGAAUGGGGUCAUACUGAAGCUGUGAUUCUGUGAAGGAUUUGGCUUGAUGAUGGGAGUAGGAAAAUGUGCCUUUGCCUUUUUUAAUUUGUUUGUUUGUUCUAAUUUGUCUUUAUAAUAAAGCAUAUCAUGCAAAAUGGCUUCAAUUCCUUGUAAGCAAUGCUUUUAUUUCACAAGUACUAACAUUUUAAUGUUGUAAAAUAUGUGGGGUUUUUUUUUUUAA